CGAUAUCGGUAAAUGGCAAAAAUCUCUUUAUCCUAAACAACGAGACUCCGAAGAGACCUCUGGGAUCCGAUAUAUCUGAUAUAUCUGGUUGAUGUACCAACGAUACGAAACGUCAUAGAAAAGGAACGAACAAGUAGAAUCUGUGUCUCCAAGAUUAUUACCACCUCGUCACGAAGAGCUUUUUCAUUUUCAACUUCUCCCCGAUUGGAAUUUUCCCUCCUUUCCUGUUGGCGAUCACGAGGAAAGUGCAAACUCCGUAAUAAAGUUGUGAUUCACACGGAGUUGUGAACGAGGAACGGAAAAUCGAUCGAGCCAGAAAUAUAAUAUUGUAUUUGUAACGCGAUAAUAAAAGCCGCGUAGUGAUACGUUUAAUAUCGGAGUCCUUACGUCCAACAGGGUCGUUACAACCGGUCGUUACCACGAUUUCUCGUAGCGACUUAGCGUAAAACGAUCGCCGUUAACCAAGCACGAUCGUAAUUAAAGCCGACAAGUCGUCGUAUUUGCUUUGCAUUAGCGCUGAGCAUCUCUAGAGAUCGAGGGUAGACAAACGUUACCGAUUUACCCGAUUUAAUAAAUUGUACGGAGGUCUACCGUUAAUGUAAUGUAUAACGAGGAUAAUCGGGUUUUGUAAUCGCGUAGUCGAGGGAAUGAAUCGGGUUUUUAAAGGAUCCCUCCCCUUUUUUUACGCGCGCACAAUCAGUAGAGAAGGGGGAAGGGAGAGAGAGAGAGAGAGAGAUGGAAAGGCAAGCGGGUAAAUAAUAAUCGUUAACAAGUAUCGUUUUAUUAUCAAGAGAAACGCGGACAAGUUUACGACGAGUGGUUAUUUAGUUGUGUAAACAAUUACUUUGUAAAGAGGUGGUUGGUUAAAUAUAUAUAUAUAUGUAUAUGUAUGUAUAUUAUAAGUUAAAUCCACAAAUAGUGAAAUUAUAGGAUUUUACGAAGGAUAUUUUAAACUCGUCGAUUGUAGUUAAUAUUUUCCCUAGUAGUAGCUUCUGGGUAUAUUAGUGGAUUUGUUUUCCCAGAAAUAUCGUUCCAAUGUUUUAUCGAUGUAUCAACUACUUUAAAGUCGGAAAUUACACGUUUAUCGUUAUCAUCUGUGUAAUCAGCGAUCAUCAACAUUACACACACGCACGUAUAUAACGUUUAACCGAUGAUUUUACACUUGAAAGCUUUAGAUAAUAUCGAAAUGUUUAAUAUUAAAUCGAGUAAAACGAAUAGUUCUACUUAAAACGGUAAAAGAUUAUCACUAAGAUUUAUUCCCUUCCCUUAUAAAAAUGUAUAUAAUAUUUCGAGCAGAACCUCCGAAACCAAACCAUCACAAAACGGAGUCGAAUGUCAAGGUUAAAAAUUCAAGUUCAUCGGAAUCCGUCACUUCAUCGAGUUCGCGUCGCGAUAUUUCUCAUAGCAGCAAUCCAGAAAAAUCCAGUACUAAGAACAGCAAAGAACGCUCGUCUAAUACCAAGAAUUUAAUGGAUCUUAAUAAAAGUAGCAGCACUCCCAGAAAAUCGGAAAAUACCAAAAAUGUUAAGAAUAAGGAUAAUAAAACGCACGUCAAAACUAUUAAACCAAAUAUUACUAUGACUUUGAGUUCCCCUCCAAGCAAUCCUUCGUACGAAACAAAAAGUAAUGCAAGCAAUUUAAUUCAAAAUCCUAAAAUCGUGAAAUUGGGAACAUUGGAUGAACAGAAGAUUGACCAAAGUAUUUACUCGAUGAGAAACAACGAUUUGUUAUGUACGUGAUUAUUAAGUAUAUAUUGUAACAAAAAUUGUGUCUUAGUUAUUUAAUUAUAUAUAUAUAUAUUUUGUUGCUUACUUCAGCGAUUAAGAAAGAAGAGAUCGAACAAAUCUACGAGCAGAAAAAUUAUGCUUAUCUUCGAGCGGAAGACAUGAAAAAUUUUCGACUGAUUACCAGAUCAAGAUCCGACACGAUAGAAUCAAAUAUUCUUACCGAAAAUCCACCAAAAUCUGAAUUAAAAGAUAAACAAGAUAAACAAGAUAAUCCAGAUAUGUCAAAUAAACCAGAUAAAUCGGAUAAACCAGAUAAACAAGAUAAACAAGAUAAAAAAGAUAAAACAUAAAAUAUCGCAUAAUUUAUUAAUUUUCUUAUUUACGUGGAUAUAAAUUAUUUACAACGGACUUGAAUAUAUGAACAAUAAAAACCGUAAUUAAACUUAAAAUUGUAUUUGAAAUAUUUUCAGAAAUUAUUUAAUAUCGAAUUAACUAUCAUUGUUAAUAGUGCAUAAGUUGGCAUCACUGUUUCGCAGUUCCCAGUUCACUUCAAUUCAAAAUUCAGUUCGUUUCUAAACGAAGUCCAACGUGGUUAUAUUGAUUCCAUUUCGUAUAUUUUCCGGUAUUACAAUUAAUUAACAUUAAUCCGGUCAACUAACACACGAUGGCACAAAAUCUAUAAACUUACUCAAUCUUUGUAAAUCGUUCAGUUUCCGGACUCGUCUCGUAUCGUCAAAAGUUCAUAAGAUUUUGUUAAACGAUUCCCACGUUAAGUUUUCGUUACGAGCCAUACGUAUAACUUAUCGUUCCCGAAACGAGGAACGCGGAAUUCUAACUGACUCGGUGGAACGUGUGGUAUAGUGAAGCGCAAAGCACGAGUUCCAAUAUUCCGUCAAAUUUUGAUCAAGAUCAGUGCAUGGAUAGUCUAAAUUUCUCCAUCGUUCCCGAUCAAUCUAGACGAUGCCCGACGACUUUAAAUCGCACAGUUCAGAAUGUUCCCCGAGAAGACUGGCAAAGAAGAUCGAGAGCUGCAUCUACAGAAACGCGUUGGACGAGGAGCAGCGUGCCCAGAAAGCCCUCUACCUAUUGCAAGCGCGGGACCGUCGAAUCGCGUUGCUCGAGAAACGCGUAGCCGAGUUGGAGGACGCGGCCACGAAUCUUCACGAGCUGACCCUUCGAAACUCGUCGAGGGGCUCGACCCUCGACUCGACCAGCGAGAAGGUGAGGAGCUACAACGAGGCCUCGUGCAAGAGCGAGUGCGACUUCGAGGACGUUAAUUCGACGGGGCGGGGCGGAAACGUGGCGAGAGGACCGCGAGAGGACCGCGAGUCGGCGGCGAACGGGCGUGUCUCGGUCCCCUGCCUGGACCUCUCCAAAUCGUCCGAGUCGGCGUCCGACAUAUUCUCGACCGCCAUCGAUUUCGUGAUGGAGAAGAGCAAGUGUUUCCCCUCGAACACCUCGUUCUCCGUGGAGGAAGAGGCGACGGAGCGGGAGGAGUUCAACGAGGGGGAAAAUCUGGGCAACUCGAAAAGCGAGGUGAAGAUCGCGGGCAGCAGCAGCAACGUGGGGAGCUCGAGGAAGGAAGAUUCGGGGGGCGUAGGUGGGAAUAGGAGCGAGUUCGAGAAUAAGAACAAGGAUUGCGUGGGUAUGGGGGGGAGGAGCGAGGAGAAGGUUCGGGGCAACAAGUAUCAGAGAUCAAAUUUUCCAAGGUUAACGUCGAGCGUGCCUUGGAUACGGGCGAAGCACAGUUUCCGCAAGAAGCUGCGAGGCUACGAGCUGAAAACCGGGAAACGGAUCAAGGAUGUGUCUUACGGGGACGGCCAUCUCGCUUUCGCCGCGUUUCAGACGAGCGAGAAUACUUCGACGGAUCGACGACAGGGGGAGGGCGAAAUAGUCGACAUUAGCAAGAAGAACGAGAGGAAUACGAUGAAUCGGGAGCAAGAUGCCUCUUUGUUGCUCGCUGGCGCGCAAGAAACGCGGUCCAUCGCAGAUAAAAAAAUCGAUAUGGAAAGAAAAACAAUUUGUACACAAACGUCUAUGGAAGCUAUCCAAUUUAACGAGAAAAAUCAGGAUAACAAAGUAGAGAGUGAUACGAAUCAAUUUUCUCCGUGCAUUUAUUUGAAACAAAAAAAAUCGUCGGCAUUUUGGUAUAUCGAUGAAGAUCCUGCUCCCCAAUGGCUAAUCGAGGAAGCCCUCGCUAGUGGGACUGAGCAGACAAAGGAAAAAAUAUCGUCGAACAAGGAAACUGAAUACAAAACAAUCAUAGCAGAACUUGAGGUAAAACUCAGCAGAACUAGAGAAGAGCUUGAAGAAGCUUUAAAAGCAAAAUCUGCUGUAAAGGAAAAAUAUAAGAAAUCCUUAGAAAAUGUAAAGGCAGAAGCUCGAAAAGAAAACGAAAUAUUGCAAGAAAGAAUUGUGCGUAUUUGUACUUCUGUUUUGGAAAAUUUCGGUCCUUACUCCAUGGAUCGUAGAAGAUGCAAUAGUUUUCAAACUAAACCUUGUAGAAAAUUAAAAUAUCAAAAGAAAAUUAUGAAUAAAUUACACAAAAAGUUACGGAUGGCAGUGACGAAAUCAAACAAAUUGAAACAAGAAUUGGCAAUGACCCGAAAAAUGUUGAAAGACAAAUCGGAAGAACACGAUUCCAUGAGCAAAUGCUUCGAUCAGCUGAAGGAAGAAAUGGAAGCCGCCGAAACGAAUUUGAACGAAUUGAUAAGCGAGAACGUUUCCUUGAGAAAGAAGAUCGAUGAAACACGAGAGUGGUUGCAGCAAACUUCGGGAAAGGAAUAUAAUAUGAUUCGAGACACGAAGAACAGAGAAAUGGUUAAUUUGAAAAAAAAAGUUGAAGAAGAUUCUGCAACGAUUAUUCAACUUAAACAAAAAUUAGUACGAUCGGACUCGGCAAAUGCCAACAAGGGAUUUUUACUGAACAGUUACAAAAGUCAAUUGAAAGACUUAACUAAAGAAAACAAUCAACUGACAUCUAAAAUUAACAGUUUGGAGAACGAGAUCAGUAAUAUUCGAAGCACUAAUUCACAGUUGAGAGCAAAAAUUUCAGUUUUAAAUGUUGAAAAAGAUAAGUUACUUUCAGACAAGGAAAAAUCGAAAACAGAUAUAAAGGAAAAGAUGGAAACAAAAUGUUCCAAAAAAUGUGAAGAAACGAUUCAACAAGAAAUUGAAAUUAUUAGAACUAAAUAUGAGGAAAUUAUUAAGACUUUAAAAACGAAAAUAUCGAUUACUCAAAAUGAAAAUAUCGAAUACUUAAAUGCCAUUAAGGAAUUUUUGAAGAAACUUUAUUAUGAGUAUCAAGCAGAUCAUAAAUCGCACAAAAGCUCAAAUGAAAGUGAAGCAAGUGAAAGAGAAGCUCAAGAAACUGCCUGUAAUAUUUUGAAUAUGACUCCAGAUGAAUUAUCUGGUUUCAUUAAUGGAAAAACUCAAAAUUCGAUUAAUUCAUGGAUUGUUGAAUUAAAUCGAAUAACGAAAACAGAUCAUUUUUCUAAAGAUUUAUCGAAGUUUUUAUUGAAAAAAGCAGUAAAGAAAAUAAAGACAUGAAGAAAAUCAAAGAAAAGUGGGAUUAUAUGGGAUUAUAUGGGAUUAUAUGGGAUUAUAUGUUUUUUUCAAAAUUAUUUUUCUGUAUAUUAAUAAACAAAAUAUGUAAUGCAUUAUUUUCAAUAUUAUUAAAAAAUAAAUAUAGUUCGCCUUUUCUAAAGAUUCAGUCAAUAUAAAAAAUGAUUUAAAAACUAUUAUCAACACUCUAUCUUUACAAAUUUGAUAAUAAAAAUUUAAUGUAAUAAAUUUUUUUAGAAAGAGUUUUGUAAAAAAUAUUAUAUAAAUAGUAUAAUAAAUAUUUUUAGUAAUGAUCCAUAUAAAUAUAAAUUAACUGAAAAUUUGUAAAUCAAUACAUCAUAGAGAUAUUAUUUCAAAAGAUAUUCAUAACUUAUAUAAAUUAUAAAUAUCAAUAUAUAAUAUUAAUGUUAAAUCAAUCAUGAGAUUUAUAAGACGAACAUCUUUCAAUUAUUAUAUUUUUGCAUUAAACUAUAAUAUAAUUAAAUAUUAUACUGCAUAUUAACUUUUUCAUAUAUUCGAUUAAAGUUUAAUAUUAAUAUUCAUUUUUACAAUAAAAUCUAUUCAAUUUUCUACCAAUAGAAAAAAAUAACAGUAUAUCAAAGAGAACAGUAUCCAAAAAUUCUUUUCAAAAUUCAUUAAUUUCUAAGAAAAAAAACUACGUGUUACGUUCAAUUAUCGCUUUGUAAUUCGCUGGAUCCAGUUGCAUCUGGUGCUUUUUGUAACUGCGCAUUCUGGAAUCUAUCAUAUCCAUUAUUUUCUCCAAAAAUCUUUCUUCCAGAGAUUCUCUCGUCAUCUUUUACACUCACUUCCGUUCCAAUUUGCACUGGCCAGGGUAACUUUCCUUCAUUUCUUACUGUAAUCUGAUUCGCCAAUUUUCUAUCAUUAUUUUGAUCAAAUGGAUCGCUAUUUCGAAGAUUUUCUAACGCCAUCUUGCGGCGACUUUCCUCUUCGGGAUAUGGAUAAGGCCUAUCUACAAAGCUCGAUCUCUUUGAAUAAUUAUCAUAACCAUCAUACGCGUGUCUAUAUCGAUAUCUACUAGGAUCUACAUUCCCUGGAAUACGUUUAUAAUUUCCAUCCCUAGAAACUGGUCCUGUCCUAGUUCCAUCAUAUGGUCUAGGGUAAUUUCUCAGAUCUACAGGUUUCCUUACUAUUUCCGGCAAUGUUGCAUAGUAGAUAAUCCUCUUGGGCUUGGGCGUGGGUCUGCUACGACCAUAAAGAUCUAAAUCCUCGUCCCUAUACCGAUCAUAAUAAUAAGAAUAAUCAUUGGGGGGAACUCGCAUAUAAUAAUCUCUUUCCAUUCUAUAUCGAUCAGGAUAAUAAUAAUUAUAUCCACGACGAUAACUUAGAGGUUCAUAAUCUCGUUCCCUGAUGGUGGUACUCCUGUACCAUGGAACAUCAUAAUCAUCGUAGGCUCUAGUGAUAGGCAUAUCUCGAGCUUCUCUAUGUUCAUAACUUCUUCUAUGGUGACUUGUUAUAAAAUCAGCUCGUGGAGUAUGAUAACUCCUUGCACUUGGUAAUUCUUCGUCAUCCAUUGUUUGCUGAAUCAUUUGAUCUAAACUAGAUCUAUGGGGAAACUGUAUGGACAAUGGUUGAGUGGACCAAUCAUCUGGAGAAUUUAAACGUAUCUCUCGAACAUUUUUACUAGUAGAUAUUUGUUCCAUCUUCGUUUCAUUUUCUGUGUCACGACGAAUCCUUGGUACAAUUUUUCUUGUCUCAUCUGCAGUAUUCUUUAAUAAAUCUUUAUUGUCUUUUGGAUCUAAAAUAGUCAUUGCAAUUCCUGCUUUAAAUAUCUUAUCUUCCGCUGCAUCAUUCAUUAGGUUUUGGUUUUCGUAUUGAUCAUAGGAAGAAUCUUCAAAAUUUUUUUCGAAUUGAUUGAAAUACUUUUGGCUGAAUAAAAUGUUUGAUUUUGAUAACGGAAUAAUAUUGGGCUGGAUGGAUUUUGAUUGGUCAAGUUUUAGUUCCUUUUGAGUUGUUUCUGAAGGAUUAAGAUGACCGACACCACUCACGCUGCGAACUUCGAACGCAGAAGAAUCGAGUCGCGGCCAUGAUGGAUGAUUCCAGUAAUCAGUUGUGUAUGGAAGAAUUUGCCAUGCUUUUCCAAUUCCUACUGUACCGAUUUCUGUUAUCAGGAACAAUAGCAGCGAUAUUUGAAACAGAAGUAACAUAUUCGCUUAUCUAAAAAAAAAAUAAUUAUUAUUAUUAUUAUUUAACUACUUUAAUUUGUAUUUGUAAUUUUAAAAAUAUUCUUUUGUACAUUAUUAUUUUCUAUAUAACUUCAAAAAAUGAGAGAAUUAUUCACACGAUGUUAAUUCAAUUCAUAUGACGAAUAUAUAUAUUUGAACUUUCUUUUUUAUAUAAAUUAUAACAAUGUAGAUGUGUAGAUGUGUGUACAAUGUAAAUAAUAUGCGUUCAAAUAUUAAAAAAGAAAAGAAAGAUAAUAAUGAUCCAUCAAUAAUGUUAUUAGUCUAAAUAAAUCAUCAUUCUAAUUUUUCACUGAAAACCAUGAAAACCUAGCGACAGACGUUUAAUGACCGUUCCGUCCGGUAAACUUGCACGGUUAGAUAAAAUCAUGUCCUCAACGUCACUACCGAUUCCCCGUGACAAAUAUAAUUUACCAGUCGUUUCCGUAGCAUUAUACGACGAGUUCCGGACAACAUGUAGAUCCGGUCGCAUGAUUGUUCACUCGACUACAUUUACCAUAGCAUUCUCCCGCGAAAUCGAACUAGAAUUUGACUUGUCAAUAUGUGUGCGCGCGCAACCAUAUAAAGAGUUCAAUGCACGAGCGCCGCCAGUUGGUUUCACUUGUGAAACAUUCAGCAACAAUGAACAUUGUCAAAAAUUCUUUAUAAUGAUUAAUUAAUCCAAUUUUCGACAUGAAAUUAAAUAAAAAAAAAAGUAUUACUUUUUUUAUAAAUUUUUAUUGAAAAUUGAAUGAAUAAAACGAUUUAUUGAAAAUCGAACGAUUUUAGUAAUAAUUUAAAAUAUUUAAUUUUAUUAUUAUUAAUUUACAUAACCUAAUUUCUAAUUAUGUAUUUAUUUCAAUCAUAAACUAUCCAAUAUCAUCAAAGAAACGAAAAUUAUUCAUAGCAACAUACUCGUAGAAACAUCAUAUCCUUAAACAAUAUUUGUGAAUGUUACAAUAAAUCUACAAUAUAAUUGAUUUAUCUUUUUAUCAUUUUAAUUCGCAGGUUCAUGGACUAUUGAAGGAAACUUUAGAUACAUGUAAUAAGUUUUUGUGCUGUAGAAUACAUUGCUAAAUUAAACAAUGUGUAAUGAUAAAAAGAAGAAAUAAAAACAACGAUGAAGAAACAAAGGAUAGAAUGUCUCGACAUAGCGGAACAAAUCUUUGACAGGAAGAUCUCUUCCGUUAACAUCAACUUUGUAGUUACCGCUCGGUAUUUUACAGUUAGCCUCGUGGACCACUUUAAUUUCUUUAACAAUCAUAUUUCAAAUCACUUUAUCUACAUAUUAAAAUUAAUGUUCUACUGUCAGAUGUAUACAAAAAAAAUAAAAAUUAUAUUAUUAAUGUUGAAUUUAUAUCAUCAAUCAUUAAUUAUACGGCAAUAUAUUUAUGAUCUACUGUAUAUGCAAACGAAUCCAAGAUUAAUAAUUUCAUUUAUUCAUAUUUUUUAUGACAAAAUCUAAUAAUAAAAGUUUAAGCGCAUUGUUAAUAUAUAAUUUAAUAAUUAUAUUUAAUUUGAUAAAA